CAACCAGCCCAAGCAGGAGCAUUUGCUGGCUCUGAAAGGUCCUGUUUUCCACUCAUCUUUGCAUCAUGGGGCAAGGAAAUUCUUGUAAAUAAGAUGUUUCAGUCUAGAUACAAGAAUCCUUAUCAAGAGACUGUUUUCCUAAGAAUCACUGGAUUCCUACUGUUCAAGCAUGGAAGUGGUCUUGCAUUAUCGACCACAUCAGAGAGAUCUAGUAAAGCUGCAGAAAUUUGCAGAAGCAGCAGUGAAGGAGUUUCCCGUUCGCCAAUUACCAAGAUUUGCACCCUGGUUUCCAAAUGAUUUACACAAACUUCCCCUCAAACCAAAAAAGCAGGCACCUGUUAUUUCUUGUGAGGAAGUGGAAGAGUUGAAACAGCUUUCUACAGCUUCAGAAUAUGUUACAGGAUCUCGUGAUUAUGACUGCACAAAAAAUCUCCUUGAGUUUCACUCUAGUAUGAAACGUGGUCCGACUUUAAUCCAAGCAAAGGCUGUUCACAGACCAAUUAACUUGGACUAUCAAGGAGAGCCACCACCUAAUGGAAAACAAAAAUUGAAAAGGUCUUGGAGUGUCUCUCUCCCUAGCGCUAAACUCAAAGAAAAGAUUCAUCCUUUAUCUCAAGAACUGCAGAGUAAUUUGGAAAGACUAAAUCUGCAUGUGUUUUGUAGAGCAAAAUGGACAGUUGAACAGUCUAUUUGUAAAAACCAGAAUUUGGAGGACGUAUGGAUAAAAUUGAAUAGACUCAUUAAACAGAAUGAAUUGCCAUCUUGCAAUGCUACUAUCCAAAGAUCUGUGGGACAGAUAUGGAUUUUCUGUGAUAUACUAUACUGUGAAUAUGUUAGAAAUAUUCUUAGGGAAAAGCUAAGCCUUACAGAUAAAAUGAACUUGUUUGUACAUAGAUAUGGAAUUGUAUUUAGUUUAUGACUUAAGAUACAGUUUAAUAAUAAAAUUACAGUCAGAAAUACUAGAGCUUUUAAGCAAUUUAGAAUUGAUAGACCUUAGAACAAAUGAUAAAUUAAUGGUAAGAAAACUGCUUAUAUUACUUUACUACAUCUUAUAACUACAAUUACGUAUUUCUUUAAUUUUGUUUUGCCUCAAGACUUAUAGUUCUUAUAGUUAAGAUUAGUAAGUUUCUGUUUGGCUUAGUGCUGCAUUUUAUAGCUUUUCUCUACCUUGGUGGUCUAAAGGAAAAAAAUAGAAAUUCCAGACUAUUGCAGCAAACUGUGUCAGAUAACAAAAAUUAAUGCUUUCAGUUAAGCAAAGUACAUCAUCUCUGCUUCCUGGGAAUUAGAAGAAGGAAAGAUCUUUUUAAGCAAGUUGUAAUAAUUGCUAUAAUAACUGGAACUGACAUUAAUAUUUUCAAGAUCUGGUUAUUUCCUGGAAGUAUUCUGCAAGUUUUUUAAUGAAGGCAUAUCCCUCCUAUGAAGUACGAACUUGCUUUAUUUGGGAUAUAUGCACUGUCUUAGCUAUAUUUUCACAGAAAUGUUAAUGAUAGCAUCAGUGGAAGCUGUGGGCUGAAAAAUAAUGAACAACUUAAUAAUUGUUGUUUAACGCCUUUGAUAAUUAUUUCUUUCCUGAUGUUUCUGUUCUUUUGUCUCUAAUUAUAUUUGGGAACAAGAAAAGAGUAGCUUCCAGCCAAAAAUGUGGAAAUUAGGAAAUGAGACUUCUGAGACCUCCUGUUUGUUGUCUUUGAGCAUUUGAAUGCCUUUUAUGGUCAAAAAGGCUAAGUUCAGGAUGACUUUUUUUUCUCCUGAAAGAAUGAAGCGUUCCAAGGUCAUGCUGUCCCUGCUCAGUUGAAUCUUUGGAGGGUCAGUAGAGAAUAUAAACUGGGAUCAGUAUGACUGCAAGGUUAUGCAUUUGUAUAACCUAAUUCUAGAUAGUUUUGGUGUAGCUGGAGGUCAAGGUCUGUAGCAUUGGGAGAAAGGGGGAAAUAAGUGUUUAGUAUUUGUAGAUUGCUAUAUUGUCAUUAAUGCCACUCACACCAAAGUGUACAUAAGCAUAACAGAGAUCCCUAUGUAAAAACAAAGUAAAGUCCCCUUAGACUUAAAAUUUUAUUACAUCCUUGUGUUGAAUAAUUGCAUUUUAUUAUGGGCAUUACAUUUUUUUUUAGAUUAAAAUUGCACCAUUUGAGUCAUUGACAUGUAUUUUUGAACUUUGAUUGACUUUUAAGACAUUUGUAGAUGUCUUAUUGAUGUUUGAGGGUAUUUGUGACACUUAAUAUGACCACUUAGCAAAAUCAAUGCAAAAUGCUGUCUAGACUGCACUGUAACUGAGGGUUGUCAUUAGUUUUAAAGCUUUCUGUAUUUCCAGAUUUUUCACUGACAUUAUAUUUAUGAGCUUAACAUAAUUAGUAAAAAAAAUUCUUUGUGCCUCUGUGUUUUUGAAGAUAAAAUGAAGUAAAAUGCAGUAUGGUUUCAGUUCUAUUUAAUGUAGUUUAUGUCUAGGAUCUUAGAAGAGAUUAUAUAUUUUUCUAACG